UGUAGUGGAAACCAAGACUGUUCUCGGGGCGGGUCUGCCGGUUUUGACUAUCAGAAGUUACUUUUCGUGGCAGGUUAUGAUAAUUCGAUCAAGUUUAGGAAAAUGGUUACGUUUAGAUAAAAUGCAAAAACACACAACAUACUGUAUCUAGCUACAACCAGGUCUGCCCUGAGAACACUCUUGGUUUCCACUAAUGCGAUCACAACAGUUGAUCGAACUGUUGUGGUCACGACUUGUCCUGUCUUGCUCAGGACUAGUCUGACUGCUUGAAAUACAUAUCUCAAGAUAGGGCGGCUACUCGACUUCACAGGAAUUUACCUAAUGUAAUUUAUUCAUACAGGGAUGUCCAAGGAGACCAACACACAGGAGCAGUAACAUGGCUGCUGACGACAAAUCCUCCUCCUCUACACUGGAUUGGAGUGUGGCGCCUCCUAUUUCCCCUGGCAGCCCAUCUCACCUGACACACUUCAAACCCCUGACUCCAGAGCAGGACGAGCCCCCGCUCCGAUCAGCAUACAGCUCCUUUGUCAACCUGUUCCGCUUUAACAAAGAGGAGGGGCGGCCACCCUCAGUGACAGAGAAACCGGAUGUGGUUGUGCCGUCACCCACUGGGGAGCGUAGGAACUGGACCAUACCAGCACACUCCAUCCACGGCUCUGGGGCGCAUAGGAAACAACACCACGAUCUUUUACGCAGGACUUCUACUGCUUCAGUGGACUGGCCAUUAUGGCCUGGUGAGGAGGGCCGUAGGAAAUCGGAAACCCCCCUGGGCACUCACGAUCCUCGUACGGCUGUUCAGCUCCGCACUGCUCUGAAGAGACUCAAGGAGAUCAUGGAGGGAAAGAGCCAGGACAGUGACCUGAAGCAGUACUGGAUGCCAGACAGCCAAUGUAAGGAGUGCUACGACUGCAAUGAGAAGUUCACCACCUUCCGCCGCCGCCACCACUGCCGGCUCUGUGGCCAGAUCUUCUGUAGCCGCUGCUGCAACCAGGAAAUCCCUGGCAAGUUCAUGGGCUACACGGGAGACCUGCGGGCCUGCACCUACUGCCGUAAGAUUGCUCUGAGCUACUCCCACUCUGCAGACUCUGGCUCCAUAGGGGAGGACCUGUCUGCUCUGUCUGACUCCUCCCCCUGCUCCACCUGCGUCCUGGAGCCCAGCGAGCCUCGCACCCCGGUCGGUGGACGGAAGGCCAGCCGCAACAUCUUCCUAGAGGAGGACCUGGCCUGGCAGAGAGUUGAAGAGACAGAGGAGAGAGAAACAUUCAGCACUCUUCAUCCCCUAUAUCCUCUCCCCUCCAUGUCCUCUCCUCUCCCUCCCUGUCCACUCCAUCCUUCUCCUGUCUCCUCUGUCUACCCUCCUUUUCUUCCCCUGUAUACUGGAAAAACUCCCAUUGGGAUGAGAAAGAAUUUGAUUCACCAGGACUCUCAGAACAGUGGCAUGAAUUCUAGACGGAGCACGCUACAAGAGGAUGGAGGCAAGUCCCCAAUAAGGAAGCGCCCCGUCUUAUCCAGGUCAGCCAGUGUGACCAACCUGUCCCUGGACCGGUCUGGCUCCUCCAUGGUGCCCUCCUAUGACGGCUCAGUGAGCCCCCAGACCAGCAGGGCCAUGCCAAAACCUGACCACAGCGAAGAGGAGAGGAAGAUACUGUUGGACUCAUCCCAGCUCAAAGACCUGUGGAAGAAGAUUUGUCACAACACUACUGGUAUGGAGUUCCAGGACCACCGCUACUGGCUCCGUACAUACCCCAACUGCAUUGUGGGGAAGGAGUUGGUCAACUGGCUGUUAAGGAAUGGAACUAUCUCCACAAGGGCACAGGCGAUAGCCAUUGGUCAGGCUCUGGUAGAUGGUCGUUGGUUGGACUGUGUCACUCACCACGACCAGCUGUUCAGAGAUGAGUACGCUCUCUAUCGCCCCCUCCAGAGCACAGACUUCUCUGAGACCCCGUCUCCUGACAGUGACAGUGUCAACUCUCUGGAGGGACACUCAGAACCUUCCUGGUUUAAAGACAUCAAGUUUGACGACAGUGACACAGACCAGGUGGCUGACGAGAAUGACUAUGUCAUGCCCAAUUCGUCCAGUCCUAGUAAGAGGACGUCAGUCAGCAGUUUCCAGUCAGCGGUGGACAGUGACUCUGCUGCCUCCAUCAAUCUCAAUAUGGAGCAGGACAAUGUCAACUUCCACAUCAAGAAACAGUCCAAGUACCCCCAUGUACCCCCGCACCCUAUGGAGCAGAAAGAGUACCUGGUCUCAGAGGAAGGAGGACAGAAUAUCUCCAUUAGCGACGCCUUCAUCAAAGAGUCCCUGUUUAACCGUCGUGUGGAGGAGAAGGCUAAAGAGAUGCUGUUCACUCCUCUGGGCUGGCACCACAGCUCCCUGGACCAGCUCAGAGAGGAGAAUGGAGAGAAGAAGGCCAUGGAGAGGCUACUCUCUGCCAACCACAGUCACAUGAUGGCGCUGCUGCAGCAGCUGCUGUACAGUGAGUCCCUGUCCCUCUCCUGGCGUGACAUCAUUGUUCCCGUGGUGAGGCAAGUGGUGCAGACGGUGCGGCCAGACGUUCGCAGCUGUGAUGAUGACAUGGACAUCAGACAACUGGUCCACAUCAAGAAGAUUCCUGGAGGGAAGAAGUUUGACUCUGCUGUAGUGAAUGGCUUUGUCUGUACCAAGAACAUUGCCCACAAAAAGAUGAACUCGUACAUCAAGAACCCCAAGAUCCUGCUGCUGAAGUGUUCCAUAGAGUAUCUCUAUAGAGAGGAGACCAAAUUCACCUGCAUUGACCCCAUUGUGCUUCAGGAGCGUGAGUUUCUGAAGAACUAUGUUCAGCGUAUAGCGGACGUGCGUCCCAACCUGGUGCUGGUAGAGAAGACUGUGUCUCGUAUCGCUCAGGACAUGCUGCUGGAGCACGGGAUCACAUUGGUCAUCAACGUCAAACCACAAGUCUUGGACAGGGUGAGUCGUAUGACCCAGGGGGACCUAGUCAUGUCCAUGGACCAGCUGCUCACCAAGCCUCGACUGGGAACCUGCCAAAAGUUCUACCUACACUCUUUCCAGCUGGCCAAUAAUGAGUUGAAGACUCUCAUGUUCUUUGAGGGCUGUUCUCCCCAGCUGGGCUGUACCAUAAAGCUUCGUGGGGCAUCUGAGUAUGAGCUGGCCAGGGUUAAAGAGAUCAUCAUCCUCAUGGUGUGUGUGGCCUACCACUCCCAGCUAGAGAUAUCCUUCCUCAUGGAUGAGUUCGCCAUGCCUCCCAGCCUGGCCAAGACCAACUCCUUCCCCUGUCUCCUGGAGAGCACUACUGUUGAGGAGGAGGAGAGCCAGGAAAAUGGGACCGACCAGAGCACCCUCUCCCAGGGAGGAGAGACUGUGCUGGGGGAGGAGGAGGAGAAGUCUUCCCUUGGGAAAUCUGUAUCAGAGUCCUCCUCGCCUAAAGAUGUCCAUGGUGUAAAAGUCAACAAAAAACACUUCCUGUCCUCCUCUUCCUCCUUGGGGGCUGAGGGGGUGGAGUCAGCAGAGGUCAUGACCUCCACGCCGUUGUCCAAUCGCCAGGUGCUGCUACCUCCAGUGUCCCCACCCUAUCUUAUUGAUGACCUGGAGGAGUUGGCAGAUGAGAUUGGAUCGGGGAAGGGGGAGACUGAGGGGGGGAGCGGGUCGGGGGUUCUGGGGAGGGGUGAGUCGCGGGAAGAGAGCUCGGGUUCAGAGACACCCCCCAGGCUAUUCAGAGACCCCCUGCAGGAUGACACAGGGCUGUUUGUCACAGAGCAGGUGGCCUCAACGGACGACCGUCUCAAGACGCUUACGGCAGGCUUCAAACAGGAGCUGAAGGACAUCAUCCUUUGUAUCUCCCCCUUUAUCACCUUUAGAGAGCCCUUCCUCCUCACGCCUGCUGGCCUACGCUGCCCCAGCAGAGACUACUUUCCUGAAAAGGUGUACCUCUCCCCGCUGCUCAACAAGGACUUCAAAGAACUGGACUGUCGACGUAAGCGACAACUCCUCAAAGAUUCCGCCCCGUCAGGUGGAGGCAUCACCAACGGAGUCCCUCCCCUCCGCCCCAUCCAGGUGUUACCCUCCCACCACCUUACCAGUGCCCGCAUCGCAGAGCAGCUGGGCAGCAGCCAGGACCUGGCCAAGAUGCUGGCAGACUACCGUGCCCAGGGGGGCCGCCUCCGGCAGGAGGCAGACCCCUUCACCCAGCCCCUACCUCAGCCACCAGUCCGGGAGGCUCCACCGCCCAAGCACCCCGUCAAGGCUGAUAGUGAGGAAGAGAAACCAGCAGGACAGAAUGACAUGACCUGGGCCUCCAAGCUGGACUGCCUGAACCCGGUGAACCACCAGAGACUGUGUGUUCUGUUCAGCAGCUCCUCAGCCCAGUCCAACAACUCCCCCAACCCCUGCGUCAGUCCCUGGAUUGUCACGAUGGAGUUCUACGGAAAGAAUGACCUCACACUAGGAAUAUUCUUGGAGAGAUACUGUUUCAGGCCAUCCUAUCAGUGCCCUAGUAUGUUCUGUGAGACUCCCAUGGUGCACCAUGUGCGGCGGUUUGUCCAUGGCAGUGGCUGUGUUCAGAUCGUACUGAAGGAGCUGGACUCUCCUGUGCCUGGAUACCAACACACCAUCCUCAACUACUCCUGGUGCCGCAUAUGCAAACAGGUGACUCCUGUGGUGCCCCUGUCCAAUGACUCGUGGUCCAUGUCCUUUGCUAAGUACCUGGAGCUGAGGUUCUAUGGUCACCAGUAUACCAGGAGGGCUAAUGCUGAGCCCUGUGGCCACUCCAUCCACAAAGACUACCACCAGUACUUCUCCUACAACCAGAUGGUGGCCUCAUUCAGCUACAUCUCAGUGAGACUGCUGGAGAUCUGCCUCCCUCCCCCUAAGAUCUUCAUCAGGAACCAGGGGCCCUCCAAGGCAAGCAUGCAGCAGGACCUCAAGGACUUCUCACAGAAGGUGAAUCAGGUGUAUCUGGCCAUAGAGGACCGCCUCACCUCCCUGAAGACGGACACCUUCAGCAAGACACGCGAAGAGAAGAUGGAGGACCUGUUUGCACAGAAAGACGUAGGUUCCCCCUCGAAGGGUGGGAGCUACACUCCAAAUAUGUCUCGUAUGGAGGAGGCAGAGCUGCGUAGCUGGAUAGAGAAGCUGCAGGCUCGUCUCCAGGCUUGUGGUAGUGACUCCCCCCAGCAGCUCCAGUCUGUACUGGAAUCAGUGGUAGUGAAGAAACAGAGCCUGUGUGAAACACUGCAGUCCUGGAACAGCAGGCUGCAGGACCUAUUCCAGCAGGAGAAGGGCAGGAAGCGUCUGUCGGUCCCAGCCAGCCCUGGGAGACACAGACCGACAGACGACAGCAAGACCAGUGUUCUGGAGUCUUCUCCACGCAACCCCUCCCCUGUGGUACAAAAUGGUGACAAAGAGGACCGUCACCUCACUACCCUGCCCUCGAGCUCGGGGUCGUCAUUGCUAACGUUACCGUCACCAGGGGAACCCGGCUCAGAACCCCUCUCGUCUGGACCAUCCUUUCCUGACCAGGACUCUGUCAGCAUCCCAGAGGAUGUGUUUGAUGGACACCUGUUGGGCUCCAAUGACAGCCAGGUGAAAGAGAAGUCCACCAUGAAGGCCAUUCUAGCCAACUUGCUGCCAGGCAACAGUUACAACCCCAUCCCAUUCCCAUUCUUGAAUCCCAGUGUUGACGGGAAAAAUCACCACUAUAUCAGUGACCCAGACAAGCAUUACCUGAUGUAUGAGCAUGAGAGAGUGCCCAUAGCCGUGUGUGAGAGAGAACCCAGCUCCAUCAUUGCAUUCGCUCUCAGCUGUAAGGAGUAUAAGACUGCUCUGGAUGAGCUGUCAAAGACAACGGUGAAGGCUGGAGGCGAGGAUACCACCCAAACCAUCAGCUCCGGAGAGAGCCGGGCCAAGAACAGCCCAGCCAAGCCCAAUGAGACGGCCUCCUCCCAGAUGGGUCCGGGCCGCAGCAGCAUGGACGCUGACCCUCUCAAAGAUGCAGACAUAGGAGACAAGCACAAGAAGUCAGCCGGAAACCCUCAUAUCGAAUUACAGUUCUCUGAUGCCAAUGCUAAGUUCUACUGCAGGAUCUACUAUGCAGAGGAGUUCCACAAGAUGAGAGAGGAGAUCAUGGACAGUACGGAGGAUGACUUUGUCCGCUCGCUCUCCCACUGCGUCAACUGGCAGGCCCGUGGCGGCAAGUCUGGGGCCGUCUUCUACGCCACCGAAGAUGACCGGUUCAUCCUGAAGCAGAUGCCCAGACUAGAGGUUCAGUCCUUCCUGGACUUUGCCCCUCACUACUUCACCUACAUCACCGGAGCUGUGCAGCAGAAGCGACCCACUGCCCUGGCUAAGAUCCUGGGUGUGUACCGGAUCGGCUACAAGAACUCCCAGAACAACUCUGAGAAGAAGCUGGAUCUGCUGGUCAUGGAGAACCUGUUCUAUGGCAGGAAGAUGGCCCAGGUGUUCGACCUCAAGGGUUCUCUGAGGAACCGCAACGUUAAGACCGACUCUGGGAAGGAGAGCUGUGAGGUGGUUCUGCUGGAUGAGAACCUACUGAAGCUGGUCCAUGACAACCCUCUGUACAUCAGAGCCCACUGCAAGGCCAUCCUGAGGGCUGCCAUACACAGUGAUGCCUACUUCCUGUCUAGUCACCUGAUCAUAGACUACUCUCUGCUGGUUGGACGAGAUGACACCACAGACCAGCUGGUGGUGGGAAUCAUAGAUUACAUUCGGACAUUCACAUGGGAUAAGAAGCUGGAGAUGGUGGUGAAAUCCACAGGGAUCCUGGGAGGGCAAGGUAAGAUGCCUACAGUGGUGUCUCCGGAGCUGUACCGAUCGCGUUUCUGUGAGGCCAUGGACAAAUACUUCCUCAUGGUGCCUGACCACUGGACAGGUCUAGGGGUCAACUGCUAACUGACACCAGGGAGCUAGCCUGAGUUCCAGAUCUGUGUGUGUCGUCUAGCCAAUUCCUAUGUCAUUGUCACGGCAUGUUUGGCAACACAGCAUAAACGGAUCUGGGACUCCGCUGCUAGCUGCAGAACACAACAUGGGCAUCAGUUACCAGGGGGGACAGGAGACUACAAUGCAGAAAAACCCUUUGCCCAAUAAGGAACCAUAAAAGCAUACUGGAUGGAUUGAUGAAGAGUAAUGCAAGGCCAGUAUACAACGACUCAAUCAUUCCAUAGUAUUAUUAUGAUCUACUAGACUGUAAACGAGUGACUCGAGAGUAUUAUUGGAAGUCAUGACUGUCCAGUAAAAACUGGGCCCUAAUUUAUCUUGACGUGUCAAACUGUUUCACGCGGGCACAGUGAGAUGGCACUGGAAAAAAAAAUCUUACUUGGUGGUCCUAGUUUGGUGAACAAAUGAAUCAAUGUGAUGUAAAUGUACAGAGAGUAUGUAAUUAAAGAUUAACACUGAUUUCACAAAUGUUUUAAA